CCCGAGCUACCCUCGCCCUCCCAGAGGAAGCGGCGAAGCCGAACCGCGGCCCCGGCCGGGCCUUGUGGAAAAAUACAGACCACUCCGCGGGAUCCGAGGCCCCGGGCGAGCGGGCGAGCAUCUGCGGGGCAGCGCGAGGGAUCGGCCUGGGAAGAGGUGGAGUUUUGCAGGGAGACCUGGGGCCUGGCUUAGACCGAGGCCAUUGGACGCUGCGCUGCACACCGAGGGGAGACGCCAGAGGCUGGGCAUGUUGGCAAGUGACAGGGACAGCUGGAAGCGAAAGGCAGCACUGGCUCCAAGUGGAAGGAUUUGUGUUUAAGGGGCAGUGUUUUGGUUGUGUGGGUUUUUUUUGGGGGGGGGCGUUAGAAGUUUGGAGGGAGGAAAGAAGGCUUUUGCUUUGUAAGCACCGUCUGCAGGAAAGUAAACGUCGGAGAUGGAAAGCGGAUACGGUAGAAAGAAGGUAGUGGCGAGCUGCGACAGCUGUAGAGGGGUGACGACACACACCUGUGAUCCCAGCACCUGGGAGCCUGAUCCAAAAAUGAGUACUUCUAGAGCAGGCCAUGCCUGCCACGGUCAGAUUGGAGCCUUUACUUGAGUGGUGUUCUUCUGCCUGGUGUUUCCUCUUCUGCGAACUGGACCCUGGACACAGCAGCUCUGCUUGGAUUAUCUAGAUUUUCUCAAGCUCCUGGAAUUGGCAGAGCCACAAGAAAGUAUCUGGAUGAAGAAGAGCUUCCGACUCGACAUAGAACACGCAAUUAUGUGAAUGAUGUGUGGACUUGGACUUUGGGGUCCAUUCGUUGUAGCCAUUUGGCCUCCUCUACUUAACAUGGCAUUACCUAAAACUCAACCAGGAAGAAUAGAUGCUGGCAUGUCUGAGUGGAGAAAAGUGAUCAGACUGAGCUUUCCAGACACCACUAAACCCUUCCAUGAAGGGCCAUGAAUUUACAGUGAGGCCAUUCAUCCAGUCAUACUCUCUUCUCCAGUCCUUAUGCAUGCACUGAGGAGGCAGCAGGGCAGGGCAGGGAGCUGGCCAGGAAGUACAAUCGAGAAGGACAAAGUGUUUGAAGGCAGAAACAAAGGAAGCAUUAUUAUAGCAGGCAUGGGAGGAGGGAAGGUUAAGAAUAGAGCAAGGAGUGGCUAGAAAUAUGAUAAGGUUGGAGCUGGAGAGGUGGCUCAGUUGUUAAGAGCUCUGGCUGCUCCCCCAGAGGACCUGGGUAGGUCUGAUUCCCAGCACCCACAUGGUGGCUCACAAACAUCUGUAACUCCAAUCUCAGAAUAUCUUCUGGCCUCCAGGCACCAUGCAUGAAUGUGGUACACAGGUAAUACAUGCAGGAACACAUUUAAAAAAUAAGGUUUCUAAACUUGUGUGUUUGAUCACGUUAACUAAUUUUUAGAAUUUGGGUGCUGUGGAACAAUCUUUGUACACUGUAAAUAUGUAUUGCUCUCAUUAAUAAAAGCUGAUUGGCUGAUGGCUAGACAGGAUUUAUGGGGCAGAGAGAAUGCUAGGAAGAAGGAGUGUGGAGCCAGGGGAGUCGCUGCCAGCAGAUGGAAAGAAAGGACAUACAGGAGAGGUAAAAGCCUUGGGGCAGCACAUAGGUAGAAAUGUGUUAAUUUAAGUUUUAAGAGCAGGCUGGAGAGAUGGCUCAGCCGUUAAAGGUUAGGCUUACAACCAAAAAUAUAAGUUAAUAAUAUAAUAUAAGUUGCAAGAGCUAGUUAGUAAUAAGCCUGAGCUAGUGGUUGAGCAUUUGUAAUUAAUUAAUAAUAUGUCUUUGAGUGCUUUUUGGAAAGUGGUAGCGGAACAGAGCUGAUUGUGGUCCCUAUGGAAAGGUCCUAUGGGAAACGACCUACAAACAGCACAGUCGAAGAGUACAAUCUGCACAUUAAAAUUAAAAGGUCUGUAUAUCGAGUCCUUUGUACUCCCAAAUAACAACACAGACUUUUUACUAUGAACUCUUCGGCUUGUGCCCAACUAGCUCUUAUAACUUAAAGUAACCUGCUCUAUUAAUCUGUGUUUCUCCAUGUGGCUUUUUUUCUCUCUCUCUAUUCUGUAUAUCUGACUUGGUGUCUCCCCAUCUCUCUUCUUCCCAGAGUUUUUUCUCCCCCUGGAAGUCCCACCUAUUUCCUCCUGUCUAGCUAUUGGCCAUCCUGUGGUGAUAUAUUAUUUAAGAUCUAAUAAAGCAACUGGAAAUCAAA